CAGGUCUCGGGCCCUCAGGCGGAGCGGCGGGCGCCGGACCCCCAGGCGGAGCGGCGGGCGCCGGACCCCCAGAUGGAGCGACAGGUCUCGGGCCCUCAGGCGGAGCGGCGGGCGCCGGACCCCCAGAUGGAGCGACAGGUCUCGGGCCCUCAGGCGGAGCGGCGGGCGCCGGACCCCCAGGUCUCGGGCCCCCAGGCGGAGCGGCGGGCACCGAGACACCAGGCACGACAGUGGGCUCCGAGUCAACUGGUAUGACCGCAGGCACUGGGUCAGACAUUGGAUGGUCUGGCUGGACAGCGGGCAUCGGGUCACCAGGCAUCAGGUCAUUUGGCUCGACAGCGGGCACCGCGUCAUCUGGCAAGGCAGUGGGCUCCGAGUCAACUGGUAUGACCGCGGGCACUG